CCAGGAAAUCAGUGCUUCAGUAAAUAAAGGCAUCAAAGACCUCUCGGCUUAGUACAACGCUCUCCGCGAGGCACAGCGUAGCCAUGAACCAGCCGAGCUCUCCGUCUUCCAGAUCAACAUUCCAACUUCUAGCACCCGUCCGCUCACCUAGACCAUGAAGAGGCAAAACGUGAGGACCCUCGCCCUCAUCAUCUGCACCUUUACUUAUCUGCUGGUUGGAGCAGCUGUUUUCGAUGCCCUGGAAUCUAAGCAAGAGACGUCCCAGAAGAAAACAUUGGACGAUAGAAAAGAUGAAUUGAUGAAUAAAUAUAACCUGAGUAAUGACAACUUUGAUGAACUUGAAGGGGUGGUAUUGCAACUGAAACCCCACAAGGCUGGAGUGCAGUGGAGAUUCGCAGGAUCGUUUUAUUUUGCUAUCACUGUGAUCACAACGAUAGGGUAUGGACAUGCAGCCCCCAGCACAAACGGAGGGAAGGUGUUCUGCAUGUUCUACGCCCUCCUGGGGAUCCCCCUCACCCUGGUGAUGUUCCAGAGCCUGGGUGAGAGGAUCAACACCUUUGUCAAGUACCUCCUGCACCACAUCAAGAAGUGCCUUAAGAUGCAGCGGGCUGAUGUAUCCAUGGCCAACAUGGUGACCAUUGGCUUCUUCUCCUGCAUUAGCACACUGUGCAUCGGGGCAGCAGCCUUUUCCCACUAUGAGGACUGGAGCUUCUUUCACGCCUACUACUACUGCUUUAUCACGCUCACCACCAUUGGCUUCGGGGACUAUGUGGCCCUGCAGAAGGACCAAGCACUACAGAACAACCCCCAGUAUGUGGCUUUCAGCUUCAUCUACAUCCUCACUGGCCUGACGGUCAUUGGGGCCUUCCUGAACCUGGUUGUGCUCCGCUUUAUGACGAUGAAUGCAGAGGAUGAGAAGCGUGACGCUGAGCACCGCGCCUUGUUUACCCUCAAUGGACAGGCCAGCAGCAUGCGCAGCCCUGUCGACCCCCCGGCCACGACAGCCUCCGCCGGUCGAGGCUUCUGCAACGUCUAUGCUGAGGUGCUGCACUUCCAGUCCAUGUGCUCCUGCCUGUGGUACAAGAGCCGGGAGAAGCUGCAGUACUCAAUACCCAUGAUCAUCCCCAGAGAUCUUUCCACCUCAGACAGCUGCGUGGAUCAGAGCGACGACUCCCCAGGCAGGUUCCCCGAACUGCGCUUCAACGGCUGUGUCUGCCACAUGCAGCAGCGCUCUGCCAUCAGCUCGGUGUCUACCGGGCUUCCCAGCCUCUCCGCUUUCAGGGGAUUCAUGAAAAGAAGGAGCUCAGUGUAGCCAUUGGAAUACUUUAUUUUAUUUUAAUUUUCCACAAAGGACAACGAGGACAACUUUAUUAUUUUAGCAGCAUUUUGAAAAAUACUUUGAAAGCUGUUUUUACUUUCUUUCUAGAUAUGCUUUUUUAGAAUCUCAAGAACCGCCUAUGUCUUUUGAGAGGAGGGUUUGAAAGAGAAGAGGACAUUUUCCACUAUGAAGUGAACUAUCUAGUCAAGUACAUCAGCGUUUCUAUCCGAUAGCCUGAAUAUAGACAUGGACACACAUUAUGGUUAAGACCAGCUGUCCAACAAUUAGUUUGUUUAGUGCUCUUUACGACACAUCAGGCAACCAAUGUACACCUCCUAAGGCAAUCUGUCCUGUGCAGUUCUGCAAAAAAAUGUAUUAAACAAUAACACACUGAUGUAUUUAACAAAAAUGUAUUUCUAGGUUGCAUAGCAUGUUUUCUUUUCUAUUAAAGCCAUGUGUUUAAUUCUAGAUAAUAAACUACUGAUUACCAGAACAGCUUUGUAUAUACUGUAUUUAUAGGAAUGAGAGGUCUUUAUAAUUUUCAGAAAUUAAUAGGAUAAUUUAGGAGCGGGCCUAUUUUUACACUUAAAGUUAACCCAGUUUUAUCAUGUUACUUGUGUGAUGGCCGGCCCAACUUUACAGUGGACACAUUUUCUCUGCUUGGGUGUUUUACGAUCCAAUUCACACGCCAUCUCUUCUAAUAAGUACUUGAAUGUUAAAUGUUAGUUCAUUUUGCAUAUGCACCUUAAUAUUGUGUUGAUUAAUUUUAUAGUUCACCAUGUUAGCUCAUUUAGUGUAGGUUGAUUUUGCAUCACAGCAGCACUUUGGGAUGCCAGACUUCCUUUAGGCAUUGAUCCUACUUAGAAUUCAGGAUUGAAAUGACAGUAGAAUACAAUAAUGGAAUAGUGGCAUUUUAUCAAACAAUUCAAUCUAUUUCCUAACAAAUAUUGUGUGUUAAAAUAUAAAAUAAACUAUUUUACAGAUGUAUAAUUUAUGGGUUUUUUUUAAGGAUUAAACUGACAACAGAUAGUCUCUGACACAUUUAGGGCUGUCACUGGUUCUGUUUACAGAACAGCUUGGAACAUGAUUGAUCUAGACCUGGAAAUGCUCAUUAUGUUACUUGGUUGAAGCAAUUUGUUACAGAAUCCCAUUCCAAUUUGCUUCAAUUUCGCUCUGCUGCUGAUGAAAACAAAAAUGAUUGAUUUAAAAUAUAUUUUAAUUCAGUCUCAUUGGCAGAGGGGAAUGAAACCUCAGUAGGGGUUUAGAUUACUUAGUGAUCCUUCUGUGCCAGACUGCCACUUUUCAAGAAAAUGAAAAUGACAUUGAAAUUUCUUCUGAUAAAUAAAACACAGCAUUGUUGCAUCUUUCUGCUUUGGUCAUACUGCCCUUUUCUAUCAAUUGUCUAGUUAUUUCCAUGACUCAACUAGCUUAUCUAUCCCAUACUAUGUGUCACAUGCCUAAAUGUGUUUAAUAUGGAUUAAAUGUUUGAUUCAAAUGCCAAAUAAUUAGUGUUAUUAAAUUGCAAAACAUGUAUUUAGAUGCAUAUGUAGACUACAUAUUUUUCACAAACAGAUGUGCAUAGAAGAUGUAAAUAAAUAAGUCAC